GUAAGUGAACUUAGAGCCAUCUCGCGGAAUAAUUUCUAAGACAAUUCAGUGCAGAGAACAACCUCGUGCAUUUGUUUUUUUGUAGUUUGGACGAUAUCAAAUCGUUUAUUUACCUAAUUAAUAUGGCGUGUCUACCGGUUCGUGUUGACGAAUCCAGUGGAAAAGGCAAAGGACUCUUUGCGGACGUUGAUUUCGAUGAGGGUGAUGUCAUAUUCACGGAAGAACCGUUAGUAAAUUGCCAGUUUUCAUGGAAUAAAGCUUACAAAUAUGAAGCUUGUGAACACUGCAUGAGAAGUUUGGAAACGGCUGAAGAAAUGUGUCGACGAUUAUGUCAAGAUGAUGGACUAGUGUUGCCACAUUUGGAAUGUUGUACAGUCAAUAAAAGCGAACAUGUCAAAUGCGACUCAUGUGAUGUAAAAUAUUGUAGUGAAACUUGCAAAUCAAAAUCAAUGCAGCAAUAUCAUAAGACUUUAUGCCUCCGUGAUGAAAACUCAAUAAAAAAUGAAUUGAAUAUGUUAGAGGAAACUUGGAAACAAAUCCAUUAUCCUCCAGAAAGUGCAAGCAUUAUGCUUGUUGCCAGAAUGAUAGCAAUUGUAAAGCAAUCGGAAAACAAAGUUAAAACAAUAAAGCAAAUGAUGAAUUUUUGUCAUCAAAGCGAGAAUGAAAAUGAUAAGAUUGUUCAUAAGCUUUUAGGUGACAAAUUUAUUGACCAAAUUGAAAAUUUACGAUCGCAAUUAAAAGAUUUCUUGUAUGAUGAUUCUAUACGAGACUGGUUUUCAGAAAAAGGGUUUCGAUCGCUUCUCGCACUUUUAGGAACAAAUCAACAAGGUGUAGGGUCAAGUUCACUCAGUACCUGGGUCAAAAACUGUGAUGAAUUAAGUUUAGAUGAAAAAGAGCGAACAAAACUUGACAAUUUUAUUGACGAACUUUACGAAAAAUUGGAAGAGGUUUCAGGCGAUUUUUUGAACUGUGAAGGUGUUGGUUUAUAUAAACUGCAAAGCUCCUGUAAUCACAGUUGUGAUCCGAACGCUGAAAUUGCAUUUGAGCACUCUGAUCAUAAGCUUACAUUACGAGCAAUGAAACCUAUCCCUAGCGGAAGCGAAAUCUUUAUUUCGUACCUGGGAGAUUGUGACUUGAGCAGAAGUCGACAUUCACGACAAAAACUUCUCUCUGAAAAUUACUUGUUCAACUGUAAAUGCAAUAAAUGUGAGGAUCAGGCAAAUGAUCCUGACGUGACGUCUGAUGAGGAAGAUUCAGCAAGUUCCAUGGAUGAAGCCUGAAUCAAAUUCAAAAAAGAAAUAUUCCUCAAGCAUGUGAUAACAUAUCCCUGAAUCGUGAUAAAAAUAAUAAUGUCUUUAAAGAAGCAAGUAGUGUAUAAUUGACCUUCCUCAUGGCUCUUCAUGACUUUGCCUUCGCAUAAAGAACUCCCUCGCUUGUUCUUCCACUGGUAAAGCAAGAAUACAAUGUUUUUCUAAUGCAGACAGCUUCCCGCAUCGUUAUAUUCAACACACAAGCAAUCCUCAGGGUGUGGGUAGAGGCGGUAUAUAGUUGAUCGCCUUGAUGGUGCAGCCAUUACUGCUCAAAGAUGUGCAGCAUUUACUCGAAAGAAACAUCGCCACCACAAGCAAUAAAUAUUGAGAAUAAAACUAUGUAGAGGUGUAAUUGACCAGUAAUGUAUAAUUAUUAACUUUCCAUUGGUUCUUUACUGCCUUCUAGUAAGAUCUUUGAAAUCACUGUUUCAUUAAUAAAAAUCAUAUUUGACU